AUGCACAUAAACCCUGAAGUCAUCGAUAUCACCAAGAAUGAAGACAUGACGGAUACCAACGAGUAUGUCAAUGAUUCUAUUCAGUGUUCACCAAAAUCUCAGUUAUCUAUUGCUAACAGUGUUCAUGAGCUUUUGGGAUGCCCCGUGUGCAUGAAUGCUAUGUACCCUCCUAUCUAUCAGGUUUGCCUUGUUCAUGUUAUUUCUUUUAUUAUUCUCUUUUUUUUGGUUUUCCUUGUGCAUUUUUUUCUUCUUCUGCAGGUCGGAUUUUCUUUAUGGCACAUUACUGAAUUUUUUGUUUCUUACGUUUCAUAAGCUUAUUAAGUGAUGACAUUCGAGUAACCUUUCCAUGAGGUCAGGCUGAUCUCAAAUCUUUUGACGCUUCUCCUCUAGCUUAAGCCUUCCAUAUUUCAAUAUGAUCAUCUCAUUUAAAUCUUAUGAAUAUAUUCACAUAAUUUAUUUUCCGCGGUGCCAUUUUGGAAAUAUAUAUUUAUGGACCAUGGUAAACCCAAUUCUCUGUCUGGUUACUCCUAAGUUGUGAUAUAUUCCAUAACCCAUUGUUUGAAAUGCUUGGGUCCAUCCUCAUCUUCUAGCCCUAGCCUAUGGAGCUGGGCACAUCUGUUUCUCUAUCUAUAUUUGGCUACUAUACUUAAUACCACUGUUUUCUGUGUUUUAAGAAAAUUAUAUUUGGAAUUAUUGUCAUGUUAGGAGCAAUUUUAUAGGUUCUCUCUCCACUUGUUGUACAUUGUGAAGAGGCAAAGAUUAUUAAUUUUCAUUAAAGAUCGUCCUUAGUAUUACCACCUAGGUAACCCCCCCUCUGAUUGUGUAUUCGCAAUGUAAAGUAUGUGAGAGUUGCAUUGCCCCUUGAAUUAUAUAUUGACUUUCCAUAUGUAUUUAUUCACUAUGAUGCUAAUUAAUUUUAUGGCAUGCGCCUUUCCAUUGUUUAAUUAUAAAUUGAUUUAAUAAAGCGAUAAUUAAGGUUAAAAAAAAACAAUGAACCCUGCUAGAGAAGUGUUACUUGGACAAUUUCUGAGAUGAUUAUGGUAAUGGAUGGGUCUCUCAAGUCAAUGAGGAUUGCUGUUGACUUCAGCUUGUUCUCUUAUGGUAAUUUUUGCUAUUGAAUGCUUUCCCUUUAUGUACAGUAUUGAUUGGUUAUUUAUCAUUUCAGUGCUCAAACGGCCACACUCUGUGCUCUGCAUGUAAGACUCGUGUGCUCAACAAGUGUCCAACCUGCAGACAUGACCUCGGCAAUAUCCGCUGUCUUGCUUUGGAGAAGGUCGCUGCGUCUCUCGAGCUUCCAUGCAGAUACCAGAGCCUUGGGUGCAUGGGAAUCUACCCUUAUUAUUGCAAGCUGAAGCACGAAUCACAGUGCUCCUUCAGACCAUACAGCUGCCCGUAUGCCGGCUCCGACUGCGCUGUCGUCGGCGACAUUCCCUUUCUGGUGGCUCACCUGAAGAACGACCACAAGGUUGACAUGCACUGUGGGAGCACCUUUAACCACCGCUAUGUCAAGUCAAACCCCCACGAGGUCGAGAAUGCCACCUGGAUGUUGACGGUAUGAAAGAUUGACCGAAAAAGCUGUAAAUAAUGGUUGUAUAUAUAGUUUCGUUCGGGUUUUUUUUUUUUUCGCAUGUAAAUAAUGGUGGUGCAGAGGCAGGAGCUUCUUCUUCGUAGUCAUUUGGAUUGAUCACAUAAAUCUGUGCUUCCUGGUUCGAGUAGGAGACCUGUUUUGGUGGGUUGAGGAUGAUAUUUGCAGGAAUUGGUGCAGGUUUUCAGCUGCUUCGGACAGUUCUUCUGCCUGCACUUUGAGGCGUUCCAGCUGGGGAUGGCCCCCGUGUACAUUGCGUUCCUGCGAUUCAUGGGAGAUGAUGCGGAGGCGAAGAACUACUGCUACAGCCUCGAGGUGGGGGCGAACGGGAGGAAGAUGGUCUGGCAGGGUGUGCCGAGGAGCAUAAGAGACAGCCACAGGAAGGUGAGGGACAGCCACGACGGCCUCGUGAUCCACCGGAACAUGGCCGUCUUCUUCUCCGGCGGUGACAGAAAGGAGCUGAAGCUGAGGGUGACUGGGAGGAUAUGGAAGGAGCACUGA